AUGGCAUUUCUUUAAAAGUAGUAAAUGUUGAAAUCAAUAAUUUUUAUACAAAAGCAUUAACUGUUUGAUAUCGAAUAGAUGCAAAGUGCGCAAUCAAAAAGGAUUCUAACGAAAUAGAGUCCAUAAUCAAUUAAGUCAAAUAAAGUUUAAUUCUCAUUUCAAUAAAAGAAUGUCAAACUCAUUAACAUAAAUGUCAAAACAAAACUUCGAUCAUGUUCUUUCCCAUCCUCAUUAAAUCCUCUUAAAUAUAUUGAAAUUAAAGGAAUUAAUAAGAAAUAGUCUAUUCUAAAUACUCAAUCUUCCUUAGGAUCACAAAAAUAACUUCGAAAACCAAGACCUAUGAUUUUAAGUGAAAAAGACAUUUAAAAAUAGUAGAAUAAAGAGUAAUUUAAAUAAAGAAGAAGAAGUUGUGAAUGUCAAUUUUGUGGACCUUUAAGUAGAUUCUAGAAAUAAUGUAUGAAUCAUGAAUUCAGGAUACAACAUAUUGAAAAAGAACGAGAAUCACCAAUGCAUAAAUUUCAAAGAUCAAUUCGUAAACAUUAAAUUUAUGUUAUGGCACCAUAUCUAUUUGCUAUAGAAAUACCUACUGAAUCAUUAGAAUAAUCUAUUGUAAGAAAAAAUACUUUCAAAAUUGAGAAAAAAAAUACUCAAUUACUGGAUGUCAUUAAAUAAGAAGAUGUUCUUUAAAUUAAUUCUUCAAAAAUUUUAGAUAGUACUCCAACUAAAAAACCUAGUUUUUUUGAAUCAUUUUUAGUUAAAUAAAAAGAAAUUAUAAAUAGUGAAAAAAGUAAAUUAAUCAAUAAAUAGUUUUCGUCAUUAUCUUAUCAUCUUUUAUCAAGAAAUGCUUAUAAAUAUAUUAAACCAUUUAAAACAUAACUACCUUAAAUACAAACAUAAUAAUAUAAAUAAGAACCAGCCCUUUCUACAGAAAGAAGCUCAUAAAAAAAAUCUGAAAAAAUAAUUAAGGAACUUUACAUUAAACCAUUCAUUCAUAAAUAUCCAUCAAGAUUGAGAUUGACAACUCUACCAGACUUAAUUCCAAAUAAUUUUUUAUGA